AGCAAUCAGGGUUUAACUAUAAGAGAAGAUAUCAAAGGAAAUGUGCUGCUUGAUGCAAGGGAAGCUGUCGUAGACAAUGUUGAUAAAGUUAUGGAGAACAUGAUGCAGGGCAAUAAGAUCAGACGAGUUGCAGCUACUCGCAUGAAUGAGAGGUCAUCUCGAUCACACACGAUUUUCCGGAUUAUUCUGGAGUCGAAAGAUGCCAAUCAGAAAGAUGGACCUGUACAUAUAAGCUACCUUAACUUAAUGGACUUAGCUGGUUCUGAGAGAGUUUCUCUGACGAAAGCUGCUGGUGAGCGUCUUAAAGAGGGGGCUAACAUAAACAAAUCUUUGUCAGUAUUAGGAAAUGUGAUAAGGCAACUAAGCGAGGGGAAGGAGUUUAUCAGUUAUCGCGAUUCGAAAUUGACUAGACUGCUCUCACAGGCUCUUGGCGGUAAUGCCAAAUCAUUGAUUAUCGGGAAUGAAUGUACAAAUUCAGAUGUAUAUGGAUCUGUAGUAAAACCUUUAGUCGAUUCCUUCAUGGAAGGUUUCAAUGCCACAAUAUUUGCAUAUGGCCAAACAUCUUCUGGCAAAACACACACCAUUUUGGGCAAUAAAACAGAUCCUGGGCUUUUCCAAUUAGUAUCCAAUCAGUUAUUCCAGCAUGUGGCAGACCAGGUUGAUAAGAGGUACUUGAUUAGAUGCAGUUAUAUUGAAAUCUACAAUGAAAAGAUCAAUGACCUCCUGGAUAAGAGCAAUCAGGGUUUAACUAUAAGAGAAGAUAUCAAAGGAAAUGUGCUGCUUGAUGCAAGGGAAGCUGUCGUAGACAAUGUUGAUAAAGUUAUGGAGAACAUGAUGCAGGGCAAUAAGAUCAGACGAGUUGCAGCUACUCGCAUGAAUGAGAGGUCAUCUCGAUCACACACGAUUUUCCGGAUUAUUCUGGAGUCGAAAGAUGCCAAUCAGAAAGAUGGACCUAGAGUUUCUCUGGCGAAAGCUGCUGGUGAGCGUCUUAAAGAGGGGGCUAACAUAAACAAAUCUUUGUCAGUAUUAGGAAAUGUGAUAAGGCAACUAAGCGAGGGGAAGGAGUUUAUCAGUUAUCGCGAUUCGAAAUUGACUAGACUGCUCUCACAGGCUCUUGGCGGUAAUGCCAAAUCAUUGAUUAUCGGGAAUAUCAGACCAAUGAUCCACCGCGAAGUAGCCGAUGGUCUAGAGCGUCUUUGGAACGUAAGAGUAAACUGCAUAUGGGAAGCCGAUGAAAGUAGUCGCCAUGGAGAGGUUUAUAUAUUCGACCAUGUAUUUAAGCAGGAAUGUACAAAUUCAGAUGUAUAUGGAUCUGUAGUAGAACCUUUAGUCGAUUCCUUCAUGGAAGGUUUCAAUGCCACAAUAUUUGCAUAUGGCCAAACAUCUUCUGGCAAAACACACACCAUUUUGGGCAAUAAAACAGAUCCUGGGCUUUUCCAAUUAGUAUCCAAUCAGUUAUUCCAGCAUGUGGCAGACCAGGUUGAUAAGAGGUACUUGAUUAGAUGCAGUUAUAUUGAAAUCUACAAUGAAAAGAUCAAUGACCUCCUGGAUAAGAGCAAUCAGGGUUUAACUAUAAGAGAAGAUAUCAAAGGAAAUGUGCUGCUUGAUGCAAGGGAAGCUGUCGUAGACAAUGUUGAUAAAGUUAUGGAGAACAUGAUGCAGGGCAAUAAGAUCAGACGAGUUGCAGCUACUCGCAUGAAUGAGAGGUCAUCUCGAUCACACACGAUUUUCCGGAUUAUUCUGGAGUCGAAAGAUGCCAAUCAGAAAGAUGGACCUGUACAUAUAAGCUACCUUAACUUAAUGGACUUAGCUGGUUCUGAGAGAGUUUCUCUGACGAAAGCUGCUGGUGAGCGUCUUAAAGAGGGGGCUAACAUAAACAAAUCUUUGUCAGUAUUAGGAAAUGUGAUAAGGCAACUAAGCGAGGGGAAGGAGUUUAUCAGUUAUCGCGAUUCGAAAUUGACUAGACUGCUCUCACAGGCUCUUGGCGGUAAUGCCAAAUCAUUGAUUAUCGGGAAUGUUACUUUAGCUGCAGAGGAGGAGACUAGAUCUACACCAGAAUUCGCCAAAAGCACUAAAACUGUCAAAAAUAAAACGAAAGUAAACAUCUUGUCAGCUACAGAAGAGACACUUCAAGGAUAUCAGAACUUGACUCGCGAUCUCGAAACUCGGCUCAAAAAGCAGGCAAUUAAGCUAAAAGAGAUGGAUAAAAGCAAACAAGAGUAUCUGCUCGAGAUAGAAAGACUAAAAACGGAAGUAUCUAUUGUCGGGCGCUUUCAAAUGGGAGCCUCGGCAUCAACACCGAAAAAAACAUUAAGACGUCAUACUUUUGGACACUAUGGCAACGUAUCACCUAAAAAAGCAUCCCUAGGGUAUAUGCCAUUGAAAAAUUAUCCACCCAAAGAAGAAUCAUCCGGACGUGAAAUGAGGCCUAUUCAAGAAGAGACAUAUGAGGAGGCACUAGCCGAAGCAGAAUCUGUGAUAGCUGAAGACGUGCAAGUGUACUUAAAAGACAACUCAAAGAACUGGAAGAAUCUUUCAAUGAGCUUAGAGAAUUCACUAAACUAG